GCUGCCACCUGUUUCCUCAUGAAUGUGUACCUGCGCUUCAAUCAACCUUUGAAAUUCGUUGUGCUGUGACUCAAGUGAGCGGAUCGAAACAGUUCCUCCAUCGUUUUCUGCAUUAGCCGGCGCUUGGACGGCCUAUAUACGCACAUUUUGUUAAAGGAACAAGCUCUGGACGAGCGUGGAAAUUACGGAAGAGAAGGCAGGGCGCGCAAAAGUGGACAAAUGGUGGGAGACGCCACAGGAACCUGUAGCCUAUAGGUACAAAAGUUUGUAGAGGCUGUGAGGAGGGAGGAGAACGAAACAAAAUCGUCCGAGUCUCCAUUAAAAUCGGCUACACACCGGUCAUCGUCCUUCUAGUAAAUAUUGUAUUAGUUGUAUCACCUGUGUGGUUCAUUUUAGUAGAGUAGAGACUACAGCGCUGUAGUAACUACAACAGGGUGUCGUAGAGAGAGAUAGCGGAGAGCCACCUGGAGAACUCAGCAUGCCACGAGCAUUCCUGGUGAAAAAGCCCAGUGUUUCACCCGGCAAGAGGAGCUGGAGUGAUCUACCUGACCAUGAACGAGGGGACAUCUACAUACCAGUCUUUGUGUCGCCUCCAGCUCUGUGUGAGGAAACGGAAGCAAGUACAGGUGAAGUGGCCCUAUGCCUGUCCACUCAUAAAGAACGCAACAGAUGUACACAGAACUAUAUGCUAGAGCCCCACACAGUGGUUUCUACAGCUGAACUACCUUCCUGUACCGCUCUGGGACAGCAGCCCAGUCCUGAAACAGAGCGCAUCCGAAGUACACAGAGCAGCACAUACGUCCGCUCCAAGAUCAAGGUGACUACAGGCGAACUCCCUGUCGAAGCUCCAGUUAACAUUCUAAGCACAACUGCUGAUCCUCCUGUCACUGUGGCAAACCCAUGUCCCACAACCAGCAGUGGGACAUCAUCUGCACCUGCAGCAGGGGGAACCUAUGCAUGUCAGGUGUGCCAGAAAAUGUUUCAGUACCAACGCAUGCUCAACAGACACCUAAAGUGUCACAAUGAUCAGAAACGGCACCUGUGCAGUUUCUGCGGCAAGGGCUUUAAUGACACCUUCGAUCUCAAGAGGCAUGUGCGCACACACACAGGUGUUCGUCCAUAUAAAUGUAAUUUGUGUGAGAAGGCCUUUACCCAGCGCUGCUCUCUGGAAUCCCACAUGAAGAAGAUUCAUGGUGUGACACAGCAGUAUGCCUACAAGGAACGCCGCACCAAGCUCUAUGUCUGCGAGGAUUGUGGCCACACUGCUUCAACCCAGGAUUCAUUGCUGCGCCAUAUCCAUAAUCAACAUCCAAACAGUGCCUUCUUGCGGGCCAAGGGGGCACGUAGACAUUCGGGGGCAACAGGUGUAAUUGCACGGGAGGAAAACUCCCUGCCUGGCUCUCCUUUAUCUCUGAACAGUGAUGACACAACAGGAUCAGGAGGAAGGUAGAAAGAGUUUAGAUUGAUUGAGACAUAAAAUAAUAUUGUUAUAAUAUACACAUCUAUCACAUUAUGUCAGUUGGAGCAUAUGCAAUGUUAUUUAAACUAAGACAAGUGAGAAAGUGAAACUGGAAGCUUAACGAUACAGUGACUUUGACAGUCUAGAUGAACUGAUGAAUGAGUUUCAAGCAGUAAUCAUAGAUUGAGUUUACACAUCCACUAUAGAUGAGGGCUGGUUCUUCGCUUUGAAAUCAAUAAACAGCUAAAUAAUGAUUAUGCACUAGUUUAGUUUACGUUAAAGCUGAUUUUGGAAAACUUUAA